AUGAGUGAAUGGUGCACGAUCACACCCCACUAAAUAUAUCAACAGAACUGUACCGGAACAUUAUCUUAGGAUGACUGUUCAAGGAAACUUUCCUCGCGACUUAAUCACUAGAGCCUCAAUCAAACUUUGAAAAGUACGGACACAGGUUUGAAGGAAACUGCCCAUGUGAAUUUUGUAACAUAACCGUCAGCUGCAUGCCUGAUUGAAAUUCCGAGAAAAAUGGGAAGUAAACAAAAGCAGACAGUACAAAUCGGUCACGCUUUAACUUCUUAUUACCCACUUGUUUUUCGACGUGUCAGCUGAGUUUCAACCAUCAUGCCUUACAUCUUGGUUCGUAGCAGCCCAAAUGUCAAUCACGACAGAGACGUUUGCCGUGUGGUCGGAGAAGCAUACCGUGAGACGACAACACACAUUGACAACAACUUCCAGUGGAGUAACGAUGAAUUGGAAGGCUUAAGACGCUGGCUGCAUCCGUUAACAGUUUCCAUUGGGAGGUCCCGGUUGUCUACCUCACUCCCGCCUCCUGAAGUACUGACCAAGCUAAAAGACGUAGGCUUCUCAGUUGUUGCAGCAAAUACUAUUGGAAAGACUACUUCGUGGACCCUGCAAGGUGACAUACCUGUCAUCAAAGUUCGUGUGGGCAACACAGAAGCCCACAUUGAAAGCAACUUCAGAUCGACUCCCGCUGCAACGGAAAUUUUAAGUUCCUGGCUGUAUCCGUUAAGAAUUCUCGAUGACGAGUCUCUGUUACCCACCCAAGACCAGCCAGGGGAAGUACUGAACAGGCUAAAAGCCUUAGGCUUCUCAGUUGCUGAAGAAAAUAAUGGAGUGUGGACCCUGAAAGCUGUCCCGAAACAGAUCUUCGUUCGCAACAAAAUGAACAUGGAAACAGUCCGAAUCCCCGGUGACGACGUUCCACACCCUCGCUAUGGGGCCGUAGAAGCAUACCGUAACGCAAGAACCUACAUUGAUAGCAGCUUCCAGUGGAGCCGUAGGGAAAUGGCCUUUUUAGACUCCAAACAAGGUUUGGGUCCAUUAACGCGUGAUAGAUUUGACUGUCUGUUGUCCACCCCACGCCCGCCACUCGAAGUACUGUACAAGCUACACCGAUUCUUAGGCUUCUCAGAUGUUGCAGAGAAUACUGUUGGAGUGACUACUGUGAGGACCCUGGGUCGUUGAUAUCCCAUGGCAUCAUUCCUUUCCUUUUUAGUAACACGGUUUACUCCGCAAAAUGCAGGAACACUCGGUUAGAAACUUUUCCUAUUUUAGCAUGUUUAGGAUUAGAAUAAGGCAUUCUAUAACACCUCCCUAUCUCUUUAUCCAUGAUUUUCAUUAAUUUAUAUACUUGUUUUGACAUUUUCUGAGCUUAAUAGCAUUUUAUUUGUAAUUUUGUUAAGGAAAUUAUUCUCUGAUUGAAGCAGUGGAAGUACAGACAGCCAGUAAUUUACCAAAUUAGCUUGAGUUGUCUUGACACGUGAAAAGCGCAUGGUAAAAAGCACAUGAUUAAAAGCUUUGUUUAGUUAUCUGAACUUGUGCGCAACGUUCAUUGUUUGCUUGUUCGUAUUAAAUGAUACUUCGAUAUACAGGACUUACACACCACUCAGUUUAAUUUCUAGUUCAGUCACCCCAGAUCCACGCUGCCUGUUAAUGACAGAUUUCUCUCUUCCCGUUAGCCAAGCAGACUCUCAGUUCCAUAACUUUUCUUGUUUUGUUCAGUCAAGCAGUUACAGAAUAGUCAACCGUUCCGUGUGAGUAGAGGAAAGCUAUCAUUUGUCAUUGUAUGCGGCAAACUGUCUUUGUGGCAAGCUACCCUUG